AUGGCGCGGCUUUUGCUUCAGCGGUACUGGGACAUCCCUGAGGGCACCGAGUGCCACCGCAAAGCUUACGCCAGCACCAGUAUCGGCGGCACCACUGGCCUGGUGGCCUCCGCCUACAGCCUCGCGCUCAACCCCCCGGACUCCUUCUUCGAAGGGGUGGCGAGAGCAGGACGGUACACGUUCACCGCAGCUGCCAUUGGUGCUAUGUUCGGCCUCACCUCCUGCGUCAGUGCCCAGAUCCGGGAGAAGCCUGAUGACCCCCUGAACUACUUCAUCGGAGGCUGUGCGGGAGGCCUGACCCUGGGGGCACGUAUGCACAGCUACGGAGUGGGGGCUGCCUCCUGCGUCUACAUGGGAACCUUCGCUGCUCUAGUCAAGAUGGGCCAGCUGGAGGGCUGGAAAGUGUUUGGGGAGCCCAAGGUGUGA